GUAUUACUCGUCUGCGGUAGCUUGACACUUGUACCAGCCAGCAGAGAGGGAUCCUCUUGUGGUGUUUUGGUCCAGUGGAGCCCACUAACAAAAAUGACAGCGAGGAAGUCUGGCUCACGACUGGAGACCGAGAUAGAGCGUUGCCGUUCAGAGAGUCAAUGGGACAAGAUACCGGAGUUAGUACGACAGCUUUCAGCCAAAUUAAUAUCAAACGAUGACCUAGGGGAGCUGUUGCUGGGGGAAUGCAAGCUUCAGACGUACCUGAAGGAGAACCCCAUUAAACAGGGAGCCAGUCCCAGGGGCCAACGACCUAAACUGGUGGAGGUUAGGAAACACCUCACUGCUGCUCUGGACAGGGGAAACCUCAAGGCCGAUUACAUCCAGGAAGCCAGCCUGUUGAUGGCCAAACUGUGCUAUGUAGAGGGAGAAUACACAGACGCUUUAGGUCACUACAGCAGGGUGAACCUGGAUGACAUGCAGCUGGGGGGAGCUCCUGUGUAUAGGCUGUCCAUGAUAGCAGAGGCGUACGCUACUAAAGGGCUGUGCCUAGAGAAGGUCCCGGCUGCCUCUCCAUCUCUGUCCAAUAAGAAUACUGGCUCUCCAUCGUCCAAUAAGAGCACAACAGACCGGGAGCAGGAAAUCAUUACCUGCUAUGAAAAGUCUGGAGACAUUGCUCUGCUCUACCUGCAGGAGGCUGAGAAGGCGUUGUCAGCAGGAAUUCAGAACCGCAGCCCAAAGCCUUGCCCGACUGCUCAGGACUUGGAACUGGGCUACUUCCUGGAGACAGGCCUGCAGAGAGCUCACGUCAUCCACUUCAAGAACGGCAACCUGACACGAGGCGUGGGCCGGUUUCGGGAGAUUCUUCGGGCUGUUGAGAACAGAACCACCCAGAGCCUGCGCAUGACCAUAGCCAGACAGCUUGCAGAGAUCUUGCUCAGAGGAAUGUGCGAACAGAGUUACUGGUCUCCUCUGGAAGACCCACCCACUGUGUCACCAUUGGAUGAUCCCACACGGCAAGGACACACUCUCACCAAGAACUACAGCCUAAGCCGACGCCCACGGGUGUACUCGGGAGAGAAUCUGUUUUGCCCUCAGGAGAACACAGAAGAAGCUUUGCUGCUGCUGCUCAUCAGUGAGUCCAUGGCUAACCGGGAUGCUGUCCUGAGCAGAAUUCCUGAACACAACAAUGAUCGUAUCAUUAGCCUGCAGUCUGCCUCUGUGGUGUACGACCUGCUGACUAUAGCUCUGGGCAGGAGAGGGCAGUAUGAGAUGCUGUCAGAGUGUUUGGAGAGAGCCAUGAAGUUUGCCUUUGAGGAGUUCCACUUGUGGUACCAGCUCGCCCUGUCACUAAUGGCAGCAGGGAAAUCAGCUCGUGCCGUUAAGGUCCUUAAGGAGUGUAUUCGUCUGAAGCCUGACGACCCCACCAUCCCACUGCUGGCUGUCAAGCUGUGUAUCGGACCUCUGCACUGGUUGGAUGAGGGGGAGUGCUUUGCUAAAAUGGUGAUUGACAUGGGGGAGAAAGCAGCUGAGUUCAGAGCCAAAGGCUUCUUGGCCAUCGGGCUGGUUUACAGCCUCAAAGCCACUGACGCAUCAUUGCGAAGCACACAGGAGGAGUACCAGAGGAAAGCUUUGGGAGCCUUCCAGAGAGCUCAGAGUCUGUCUCCUACUGACCAUCUAGCAGCCUUCUACUUGGCACUUCAGCUUGCUGUGUCCAGACAGAUCCCCGAGGCACUAGGCUAUGUACGACAGGCGUUGCAGCUUCAAGGGGAUGAUGUCCACUCCCUUCAUCUGCUGGCGCUGCUGCUCUCUGCUCAGAAACACUACCACGACGCUCUGAAUAUUAUAGAGAUGGCUCUGUCCGAGUACCCUGAGAACUUCAAUCUGCUAUAUACCAAGGUGAAGUUGGAGUCGAUGUGUAGAGGACCUGAGGAUGCUCUGCUCACUUGUAAACACAUGCUGCAGAUCUGGAAGAGUUUUUACAACCUUACCAAUCCCAGUGAUUCUGGGCGUGGCAGCAGUCUGUUGGACAGAGCCAUAGCAGACAGACGACAGCUCAACGCCAUGACUCUGCCUGACUUCAGUGACCCAGAGACUGUCUCAGGUUCUUCCUCUUCUCACUCUGGUUUUGAACCCGUCUCCCCCUCCUCCCCAUCCACCAUUUCCACCCUCUCCUCCCCACUGUCCUCCCCUUCUUCCCCUGUCUUCAUCCUCCAGCCUCCUCCUCUCCCUCCAUACAAAAACCCAUCUUCCUUCCCUCCUCCUCCUCCUCCUCUUCUUCCUCUUCCUCCUCCUGCGCCCACCAAGACCAGGACUCACUCCUUUUGCAACCACGCCACUCUCCGCCAGCUCUCCUCCAAUUGCGGCCUUCAGGAAGCUAACACUCUUGGUUUUUCCUCCAUGUUUUCUGUUUGCUCAGUUCAUGCAACAUCUAUAGCAGCCAGUCGUGUAGAGCAGGCUCUGUCUGAGGUAGCCUCCUCUCUGCAGAGCAGUGCCCCCAAACAUGGACCCCUGCACCCCUGGAUGACCCUGGCUCAGAUCUGGCUGCAUGCAGCCGAGGUGUACACCGGCAUGUCGAAGCCAGCAGAGGCCACGGCCUGCACGCAGGAAGCCUCUAACCUUUUCCCCACAUCCCAUAAUGUGCUGUACAUGAGGGGGCAGAUAGCUGAACUGAGGGGCAACAUAGACGAGGCCAAACGCUGGUAUGAAGAGGCCCUGUCCAUCAACCCGACGCAUGUCAAGACCAUGCAGAGACUGGGUCUGAUUCUUCACCAGCUGCAGCGCUACAGUCUGUCGGAAAAGGUCCUGAGGGAUGCUGUGCAGGUCAACAGUACGGCUCAUGAUGUGUGGAACAGCCUCGGUGAGGUGUUGCAGGCUCAGGGAAACGCUGCCGCUGCCACCGAGUGUUUCCUCACCGCCUUGGAGCUGGAGGCCAGCAGCCCCAUUCUGCCCUUCACCAUCAUACCCAGAGCACUAUGAAACACACACCUUCACAGUUGUAGCCUCAGUACUGUAACACAGUGGCACAAAUGAUGGACCUGCGAGACACACACACACACACACACACACACACACACACACACACACACACACACACACACACACACACACACAGCAUGCCUGCAUGCCACUCACACACCUGCACAAGGUUUUACUGCCGUACCCUUACUGUAAAUACACACAUUGUAUAGAAAUUAAAAUAGUACACAUAAACAUAUAUACAUGCUUCCCAAUGCCCACCCACCCUUCCCACAAUGCCUUGCUGUGUGUCUCUCUCUCUCUCUCUCUCUCUCUCUCUCUCUCUCUCUCUCUCUCUCUCAUUCUCUCUCUCUCCCUCUGCACUUUCUGUUGCCUGUGCAUAUCUGUGUGUGGCUGUAUGUGAUUUGUAGUAUGCUGUGUGUGUUUGUUGUUUUGUCCUGUUCAAAGAUGUAAAUAAGAAUACGUUUGAGUUCCUACUCUGGCAUUGCUAGCAUUCAGAAGCUUAAGAGUUUACAUUUUGUUUACACGUUAUUUAGUCCAUUCAUGUUUUUCUUUCAUGCCAAAUAUUACUGAUGAUCUCAACACACACACAUACACACACGUUCACUUGCUGUUCACAUGGAGAGGAUCCCGGUUACUGUAUGGCUGGCUCAGGACAGCCUGAUCUUUCGAGAAUCUACUGGAGCAUCGACAGGCAUGAUCAACAGAUCACCGAAGAAUCAAUCAAUCAGUAAAGUCUCUAAAUGCCAAAACACAGGCUGCAUCUACACACACAGGAGAUCAGAUUUGAAACUGCUGAUGUCCCAAGGGACGGCUGUCACUUUUUUUACAUGUAGCUAUAGAUUAAAGCACAUUUAAUCUCAUGUCGACAGCCUUUACAUACUCCUUUGGUUAGCCAUAUUACCAUGACAUGCUAUUAUUUAGCAAUGUUUUCCAAUAUGUGCCCUAAUAUUCAAUUUUCCCAAGGAAGCAAAAUAAAUACUUUGACAUUUUGGGCGGAGAGUGGUAUCAAUCUUCUCAUCUAUAACUCAGCAAGUAAGCGAACAAGCAUAUUACCCAAAAUGUAAACCUAUUGCUAUAAAUCCUGAACACAUAAGAGUGCCAACUACAACAUUACAGAUUACCAGUUAUAUUUUAUAUAAACUGCUGAAAAACCAGUGCUCCUAUGUAACAUUGAUAUUUGAACAAAUUCUAAGUAUGAAUGGGAGAAAUCUAUUAUAUAUAUAUUUUUUUUUAAAUCAGAUUUUUUUGUUGUGUGUAUGUGCAGCCAGUGAUUGUGUUGUCUUUGUGUCCUGUCACUCAUUGUAAAUUGAACAAGAUGAAUAUACUUUUUCAUUUCAUUAUAAAUACAAAGGAUUAUUGUUGUAUAUUUGAUUGUUCCACGUGUAUUAUUACUGUUGUUAUUUUAGAAAGUAAAUUAUAAUUCUAUUUUCUGGAGAGCAGGUGGAGGAAUAAAAGGAUGAGCUGAUUGAGUUUGUUGAUGUGAGCUCAGCCAGAGAGCCCUUUGUGCUGUAAAUGAACGACUGAAAAUUAGGAUGAUUACAAUGACAAAGAUAAUAAAAGUGGUUGAAAACAUGGAA